AUGAAUGAAGCCGAUACGGCGGGAGGGCAACGGGGUUGUAACCAAGUCCUUCCUGCUGGGACAGAUGCGAAAGUACUCAAGGUCUUAAACACUGGCCAGUUGAGUACUGGUUCUCGCGCUGGCGUCUCACCGAUGUCGCGUUCCUUACAUGAGAAUAAACAGAAUCUGGAACACCAGCAGCAACAACAGCAAGCACUGACAGGCUUACGGCAGCAAGAGCAGCAAAAGCUUCAGCAAAUGCAGCCCGUCGGAACGCCGUCGUCAUCGUCACUUAGUGGCAACAGUAAUAGUGUUACAAGCAACGUAAACAUCGCGACGAAUGUGUUUAGUGUUCAGCAAGAGCCAACCCAGGGUAGCGGCAAUAGAGCCUCCUUAACGGCGAGCUGCAGCGACGCUAAAAAUGCCACCGUCGUCGGUAUCGCGAGUGAUGGACGAACAGAAAGUUUGCAGAGUGUUUGUGGAAGCGGUAACAGCAAUAGUGAUGCUGCUUGUAGUGGUGAAAUCACAGAUGAUGGUGAAGUGCUUGCGGCAGUUGACACCAGAGCAGAUUUAAGUGAACUACCAGCGGGAAGUACGUUUCACGCCAGUGGUGACGGUGGCUGUGGUUCCGUCGCAAACUUGUACAUAAAAACUGACACCAUCUCCCUACCGUCCGUUGGUGUCACUGCCGGUGUUCUAGGGACGGUAGAAGCUGCUGUUGCUGUUGCUGGUAGUGGAAGUAGUGGCGAAAGUGCGUCGGCGACAGAUCGCAUCGGAGUUUCGGUGCCACAAACCAGUGUUGUUUCUCCAAACGCGAGUCGCAAACGUAUCAAACUUGAGGCGGGGGCUGACGUUGAACAUGACAUCAGUGCGCUGAAGAAGCUUAUCCUCGAACAAAAAUAUAUGCGACUAAGGAGUAUCAAGGAGAGAUACUCUGAACAUGUAGCAGAGCUUUUUUUUCUUCAAACUGGCGGAAGUAUGAUGGAGUAUCCUGUAUGGAGAAAGAAACCUGCUACACCGGCGUUUACUAACUUUAUACGCACGUAUAAGUUGGAACCCCUGUCCAGCAAUCUGGAAGAGGCCGGCGAAGCGUUGAAACAACAGUCAACACGAGCAAUAUCAUCCCCUGUUGGUAGUGGUGUAAGUGUGUCAAGUAGCAUCAGUCUUUCGAGUGGUCAUGGAAACAAUAGCAGCAGUACUUUAUCGGGAAGUUUACCACAGGGAGCGGAAAUAAAAAUAUCCGGAGUAGGUGUUACUCCGGUGGCAGUGUCCACCACGCUACCUGCAGCCGUUGCACAGCUAAGUCAACAAGGUGGUACCCCUAUUAUCCCUGACCCAAUAGGAAUUGGUGCCAUCGGAACUACAGGUACGACGCUCGAAAGGAAAAAGUACGCAUUGUCGUCGACCGCAGGUGGAGCUACAAUAAUCGAACAAGAAACGGUUGGCAGUGCAUCUCCGCGUAAUUUGCACGCCUCGAACGGUUCACUCAUAGGAAACACUCGCUCAGGAACUGUUGGUGUUUCCAGUACGAUUGGCAACGAUCGAAGUAACAGUGGUACUAGUUGUGCCCGUGUGCAAGGGCUGCUACUGAAUAGUGUUCAGCGGCAGAAUGGAACGAUGGGUUAUGGAAACGGUGGUAGUUCAGUUGGCUCCGGAAGCUCUGGUGGCAAUAGUAAUGGUUCAGACCAGUAUACUAACAAAGCAAAACAGGAAGUGUACGUUAUGCAACGAGUGCAGGAACUGCAGAAGGAGGGUCUCUGGACGGAGAGACGGUUGCCAAAAGUUCAAGAACCACCACGACCGAAAGCCCACUGGGACUAUCUGUUGGAGGAAAUGGUUUGGUUGGCGGCCGAUUUUGCACAGGAGCGGAAGUGGAAAAAAGCCGCGGCUAAAAAGUGUGCCCGAAUGGUGCAGAAGCACUUCCAAGAUAAGGCACUGGCAGCGCAACGUGCAGAAAAGGCACAGGAGCUUCAGCUGAAGCGGAUAGCUGCAUUUGUAGCGAAAGAGAUUAAAAUGUUCUGGUCCAACGUAGAGAAGCUGGUCGAGUACAAACAGCAGACGAAGCUUGAUGAGAAGCGGAAAAAAGCGCUCGAUCAGCAGCUCAGUUUCAUUGUCGAUCAAACAGAGAAAUAUUCGCAGCAACUGGUUGAAGGGAUGAAUAAGACGGUUCUUCCCUCGGCGAUAACUGCUCCACCGACAGCUGCGAGUAGUAAGGCAGAAAGUUUGAAUUCCUCCCGUAUAUCGUCACCUCUGCCAGGUCGGACGGCGGCAGUCAUUGGAUCCGAUGACGAGUUCUGUCCGGAGGCGGAAAGCUCAGAUGAUGAUGAGGAAACGAUAGCAAAAGCUGAAGCCGAAGCGGAAGAAGGAACCAAAGAUGAAGUUGCCGCUCUGCAAAAGGAAUCGGAGAUGGAUUUAGAUGAUUUCUUGCGUGACCUUCCUAAGGGUUAUUUGGAGAACCGCGAUAAAAUAGUUUUGUCCGAGCGGAAAGAUUCUUCUGAAGCAGAGGAAGUGCAGCACGGCGACAAGCGUGGUGUUGGCAGCAGGGAAGCGGAGGACGACGCAGAUAAGGAUUUCAGUGCCGAUGAGGACAGCACAGACGAUGAAGACACGAUUCGGGAGCAGGAGAAGAAGGAAAAGAACGAGGACCAUAAACGGGAAAUUGACGAGUUGAAUGCCGACAACGAGAUGAGCAUCGACGAAUUGAUUGCGAAGUACAAAAAUCGCCCUCCACCAGAGCAAGUCAUGGAUGUCGAUUCCGAUGACGACGAGGAUCCCGAUGAGCAGGGUAACGAGGUAAACGAUCGUACGCGAAGGAGGCAAUCACGGAAACGAACCCCAUCGGAUUCGACUUUUACGGAGGAAGAGGACGAAGAAGAAGAAGACGACGAGGAAGUUGGUAGUGGCAGUGAGGAAGGACUAACUGGGUCGGAUGACGAUGAGGAGGUCGAAGAGGAAGAAACGGAUAUGGAAGACGAUCAAGUGGCGAUCAAAGAAGAUCAACAGGAUGUUAUCGGUUUGAAGAACCUAUUAGACGACGGAACGAGCAGCGCCAAAACUCAGAGUGAAAAGGAUGAUAUGCUGAAUGAUGCGGCAGCGAUCGCUGAGAGCAUUCAGCCCAAGGGCAACACUCUAUCGUCGACGAGUGUGGUGACACCGAUUCCGUUUUUGUUGAAACAUUCAUUACGAGAGUAUCAGCACAUUGGCCUUGACUGGCUGGUGACGAUGCAUGAUCGGAAGCUGAACGGUAUUUUGGCGGACGAGAUGGGUCUGGGGAAGACAAUCCAAACGAUUUCGCUUUUGGCCCAUUUGGCGUGCGUUAAGGGCAAUUGGGGACCGCAUUUGAUCAUCGUACCCUCCUCGGUAAUGCUAAACUGGGAGAUGGAAUUCAAAAAGUGGUGUCCCGGAUUUAAAAUACUCACCUACUACGGCACACCGAAGGAGCGCAAGCUGAAACGCACCGGUUGGACGAAAGUGAACGCGUUCCACGUGUGCAUUACGUCUUAUAAGCUGGUGAUUCAGGAUCAUCAAAGUUUCCGACGGAAGAAAUGGAAGUACCUCAUACUGGACGAAGCGCAAAACAUCAAAAACUUCAAAUCUCAGCGCUGGCAGCUGUUGUUGAACUUCCAGACGGAACAACGAUUGCUGCUGACCGGAACACCUCUGCAGAACAAUCUUAUGGAGCUAUGGUCAUUGAUGCACUUCCUGAUGCCACACGUCUUUCAGUCGCACCGCGAGUUCAAGGAGUGGUUUUCGAACCCGAUGACGGGCAUGAUUGAAGGCAACUCUGAAUACAAUGACACGAUCAUUAAGCGCCUUCACAAGGUGCUAAGACCGUUCUUACUCCGUCGAUUGAAAUCCGAAGUUGAGAAGCAAAUGCCCAAGAAGUAUGAACACGUGGUAAUGUGCAGGCUAUCGAAGCGCCAACGAUUUCUCUACGACGAUUUUAUGAGUCGGGCAAAGACAAGGGAAACGCUUGCUUCCGGAAACUUGCUAAGCGUUAUCAACGUGCUGAUGCAACUGCGUAAGGUGUGCAAUCAUCCAAACAUGUUUGAGGAGCGUCCUACGAUAUCACCAUUUCGGAUGGAGGGAAUUAGCUUCAAAACGGCCUCGCUUGUGUACAAUAUGCUCAACUACGAUCCGUUCACUCAAAUUGAUCUGUCUUCCGUAAAUUUAGUUUUAAUACAACUGGAACUCUUGCUGUCCGCUUACGUAGCACAUCGUUCUCAGCGGCUUUGUAUGCCCCGGCGUCUGAUCGAAGAGAUCGACUCCACACCCAUGCCUCCGCCGCGAUGUCCGACCGGAAAACUGCGUUUACAUGUUCGCAUACCGCACCAAUGGGUGCAGGAAUCAAUCAGUGGCGGUCCGCGAAGUACGGGCGUACGAGUAGGCACUAGCCCGGCAAUGAAGACUGAUGGGACGAUAUUUGUUCCGCUUGUAAAUGCAUCAUCGGCGUUAGAUAAAAAAUCCUCCCUUCUCGCCAGCGGCUUCGAUGAAGCGCGAUGGAGACGUUCUUCAACGGUACUGGGGACAGCACUAGUGGCGGACUCUAGCACCGGAAACAAUAAUAGCAGGAGUGUUUCACCCAGCGUUAUCUUGCGAAAGCGUUGUGAUAUUGGUACCAGUAGUGUGUUGCCCACAAAUGCCGUAUCUCAGCAGCACCACAGUAAACUGAGCAGCGGGCAGGUUUUACAUUUCAUUCCUCAGGCGGCUACGAUCGCUUCCACGUCUUCUACUUCCUCCUACGUCAUAACCGGGCGUGUGCCGGUUGGGACAGCUGGCGUCAGCAAUCGACAGUUCGGCACGGUACAGCGUACUUUCACACCAGCAGCUGCUGGUUUGGUGCAACGCCUAGUGACAAAUCAGCAGUCGACGCCGACGCCAGCAACAGCAUCCCGAUUAGUGCAAAAUGUUGGCCAACAGACACAGAUUUCGUCCACUCUAGCGGCGACAAUCAUGCAGCAGUUGAAGCAUCAUUCGUAUUCCUCGAAAUCAUCUCCCGCAUCCAGCAAUAGUGGUGGUGUGAUGAGUGCUGCAGACAGUAGUGUUGGGGACGAAUCAGAAGAACACCGAAGAGCUCGAGACCGAACAGAAUUUUACCUUGCGCGCAUCGAAAUAUCGCGAAAAGAGCGACGAAGCCAAAUACUGGAACUGCUUGGAGGAAUCAACACGAAACGAUGUGAUGCGGUACCGAUCUAUGGAGAGGAUUUGCGGGAAUCCCUCUGUGCACUGUUUGCAGAAGAGUUCCACACCCGGUCAGAGCUUAUACCUUUCGGAGUGGCUGGAGCGUACUACAUUCGUAAAGCGAUGGCGUUGCGAACUUCUGUCAACGCAACGCAGCCUAACGAUCCUUCCGCCUCCCAAUGGACCUUGUCAGCCACUAUCAAGACGAUCGAACAACGAGCUCAAGGGCUACGCUCUACUAUUUCAAACUUUGUCAUUUUUGUACCUGCCGUAUGCGCGCCUGCACCGUGUUUACUCGUUUCUCAUCCCCAUCCUUCACGGUUGAACGGCGAAAAGCAGUGGGAAGCUGCAAUAUCGGAAAAAAUUCAACCCGCCAUGGAACUACUGCAUCCAAUCAUAUCGGCCAUGAGUACACAGUUCCCUGAUCCACGCUUGAUUCAAUAUGACUGUGGCAAGUUGCAAACCUUAGAUCGGUUGCUGAAAAAGUUAAAAUCAGAAAACCAUCGCGUCCUCAUAUUCACCCAGAUGACCCGCAUGCUAGAUGUGCUGGAGGCGUUCCUAAACUUCCACGGUCACAUUUAUUUGCGGUUAGACGGUACGACCAAGGUUGAGCAGCGACAAGUGCUAAUGGAGCGCUUCAAUAACGACAAGCGCAUGUUUGCGUUUAUUCUAUCCACCCGUUCCGGUGGCGUCGGUAUCAAUCUGACCGGUGCCGAUACUGUGAUAUUCUAUGAUUCUGACUGGAACCCCACCAUGGAUGCUCAAGCGCAGGAUCGCUGCCAUCGAAUUGGCCAAACACGUGACGUGCACAUUUAUCGCCUCGUGAGCGAAAAGACGAUCGAAGAAAACAUCCUCAAAAAGGCAAACCAGAAGCGCAUCCUUGGCGAUUUGGCCAUAGAAGGUGGUAACUUUACAACAGCGUACUUCAAGAGCUCAACUACCGUGCAGGACCUUUUUGCGGUUGAUACCGCCGAAGACGAUGCGUCGACCCGGUUGGCAGAGGUGCUGGAUCGCGAUCGUGAACGCAAAGAGCGCUUGAAUGCGACUUCUGUGACAGCUGCAGCUGGAUCGUCUUCCGCAACAGCCGUGGGUACGCCCGAAGCUAUGGACAACAGCAAGUCAGCAAUUAAUGUUUUCGAGUGUGCGCUGGCCGCAGCCGAAGACGACCAAGAUGUGCAGGCGGCCAAGUUUGCUAAGGCGGAAGCUUCCGCCGAUUUGGAUGAGUUUGAUGAGAACAUUCCAAUCGAUGAAGAGAAAAUGGUUGUGGGUGGCGAGGGCGUCAAAGAGCCAGAGUUGAGUAAAGCUGAAAAAGAGGUGCAGAAUCUUAUUAAACAGCUAAGUCCAAUUGAGCGAUACGCAAUGCGCUUCGUUGAGGACACGGAAGGUACCUGGACUGCGGUGCAGUUGAAAGCGAUGGAACAGGAGUUUGAGCAGAAGAAGCGUGACUGGGAAGCAAAUCAAUUGGCGGAGCAGAGGCGUAAUGAAGAAGCUGCACGGCAGCGCGAAGCUGAAGAGCAUGCCGACCUGCUGACCUUCUCCCGCGAGGAUGCCAAAAAUCAGAUAUGGAUAUCGGAUAGUACGAUGGAGAAAAUGCCGAUGUGGUGUCCGCCGACACCUCCGCAAGAUGACAACGAUCUGUAUGUGGACUAUUCGCUUUCGUUCCUGUACGACACGACUAAUCUUAUACCGGAAACCGAACUUCCUACGGUUUACGUGAAGAAGGCGGACAAGCGUAGCCGUUCGGAGGCCGGUUUCUACCCGGAUGGGCGUCGCCCGGCAAAGGUUCGUCGUGAGGACACUUACUACGCUCCUCGCUCCCUCUUCGACCGGCCCACGGCACAGAUUGCGAAGAUCCGCAAGGAAUACAAGCUGCAGCGCUACAAAGGCAUCAUCAACCCUUUUCCACCGAUGCCGGCGCAAAAACCGAGCACGGUACCGAUGAAAACCAAAACCGAAUCUGAGGGUGUCCCUGAAUGGAUGGUGUACGAAGAUAUGGCAAUACUGAACGUUGUGCAGAACUUGCAAGGAUUGCCGCUGAAUUUGAUGCUUAUCUCUCCAGGCCAUACGGCAAACUGGGAUUUGGUUUCGGACAUUGUGAACCAAACGUCGCGAACUUACCGCCUGCCGAAGCAGUGCCGUAAUCGCUACGAAAAUGUCAUUCUGCCGCGUGAAGAGGGCAAACUGAUCGAAAGCCCUAAAAAGCCUAAGAAGAACAAAAACCCCCUCAAGCAGCCGUCGUCGGGGUCGUCACCACCACACCCAUCGUCCCCGCCGAAGCAGAUCCGCUCAAUGCGCACGGCACUGCUAUAUACGAGUGAUGCUAACACCUCCUUCAUCAAGUUGAUGCGCCAGAAGUUCGAUAAUAUUCGAGCGGCGUAUGGGAAACGGACACUGCAGGUGAAGCAUCCGCUCUCGAGCGGCAUGCCAACGUCGUCGAUGAAGAACAUCAAACACGCUCAGGUGUUGGCGAAGCACGGCGUGUCUGACUAUGAUACGCCUCUGACACCGGGAGAGAUAGCUAAGAAUCGCGCGGAACGUUUUUCGAAGGAGAAACUCAAACAAACUGCCGCCCAGGAGCAAGGCGCCCAACAGCAACAGGGACAACAACCAGCGACAGUGCAAGGUACGACGCAAAAAAUUCAUAUUGUGGCGGUUGCGCCGCAGACGCCAACAACGGCAUCAGUUGUUGCUACCAGUAACAUACAACAGCCGCAAUUGACUACGGCUGCUGGCGUGCAAACAUUAGCGGUGGCUCAGCAACAACAGCAACCGCCGCAGCAGCAGCAGCAGCUCCAGUUACAGCAAGGACCAAGUGGCCAACAAAUUCCGUCAGUGAUGUCCCCUAUGCAACCACAGCACCUGUUGCAACAACAGCUGCAGCUGCAGGCGCAUCCCAUCGCGCAGCAACAACAGCAGCAACAGGCUACGAUUGUCGUCUGUGGAGUACCCACGAAUGCAACGUCAACCGUUGCUACGAUUGUGCAGGCUUCUCCCCUGCAGGCGGCCCGUGUUACUAGCGCCACUGGUAACCAGCCGCAGGUUGUUAAUAUUUGCUCCAGCAACGGCCAGCAGCAGAUCGUAAAAGCGAUCGUGGCUAGUCCAGCCACACAGAAUCUCCUCUCUCAGCAGCUAGCGCAGGCUGCUCAGCAGCAGCAAAGCAACAACAAUGGUUCACAGCAACAACAGACGCAACCAUCACAGCAACAACACCAGGUAUCGGUUGUACUGACGACACCCGUUUCGACACUAUCCGCGACGAACUCGGUCCAGCUGCAAUCGCAGCCUCAGAUUGUUUCGAUACACCAACCGGUGUCGGCUCAGCAGCAGCUCCUACCGACUAGCUCCACGGUCACACAGGCUUCAUCCACCUCUCUAGUGCAAACGCUGUCCAGCCAGUCGAUUCCGCAGGUCGUUUCCGUUGCGCAACUCGCGUCGGUUGGGUCAGCCAUGACGACGGGAAGCAGUGCCGCCACCAUUCAGCCCUCGCAGGUCACUACGCUUACGACGUCAGCGUUGCGAGCCCAACGGAUCGUAGCACCGCCGGGCACACUGCAGGAGGUGGUUCUUCACCAGCGGACCGGCUCCCAGAGCCCGACCGUCGUCAGUGUGAGUAGUUUGGGCGGUGGCUUAACGCCAGCUCAGCUGCAGACUACUCAGCUCCGUCUUUCGAUGGCUGGUGCCCAGCAGAUGUCCGGUGUGGUCGGCAAGUCGAUUGUCGGAACAGUGACGAGUGCGGGUAAACCGGUGAACACGUCACAGAUUCAGUUCUACCGACAGCAACCGGUUCGCCAGCAGCUGAAGGUGCUGCACCCGGGGACGGCGACGACACCGAGUGGAGCGGGUACAACGACAACAGUUCUACAGUCUGCCGGCCAACCGACCCUCGUCAGUCCGGCUAUCAUUCAGGGCAACAUAAUUCAGACAGGAACGGUCGGUGGCCAGACGGUUCAGGUGCAACAAGCAACCGUCGGCACGGGUGCAGUUACAACGGGCCAGAAAGUGGCCGUAACGGGAGGGGCCGCCGUAACGCAGGUGGUAUCAACCACAGGAGUUAGCGGCACUGUGACACAGCCAACCACGGUGGCCAAUGUAUCCUCUGCCGCUGGCAACACCAUUGCCACGGUGCAGGUGCAGGGACAAUCGCGAAUGCAGUAUAUUAAGCAAAUGGCCACCAAGCACAUGAUAACGCGGCCGGUGACGGAGAAUGAAAUGCAGCUGAUGGUAAAACGACAGAUUAUCGGCCAACAGCACAAACAGCAACUUAUCCCACAAACCCAAACGAUCUUUGCCCCGGCCAAUUUGCAAAUGCAGCAAGCGGGAACGUCCGGGCAACAGAUUGCGACGUUGGUGAAAACAUCCAGUGGCACGGUUGGAACCACCGGAAUGACGCUGUCGCAGGUGAAAGCAGGACAGCUCAAGACGAUCGGUAAUCAGAAUCAGGUUCGCCAGUUGCACUUGCAGCAGCAAAUACUGGCGCAGCAACGCAAGGCGGGCGGGAAACUCACACAGAUCACGCAGGUGGCAGGCAAGGCAGGCCAGCCGACUCAGCUGUUCGUGCAGGGUCCGAAGAACCUUCCAGCGGGCACGGUGACCGUGCAGCAGAUUCAGCAGGUCAUACGGCACGCACAGCCCGGGACCCUGGCCAGCGGUGGACAGAUUGUUUUGGGAAAAGCAGGUGUUAGCCGCAUGAUUCCGGUUUCGGUUUCGCAACAGGCCAACCAGCGUCAAACGAUUCAGGUUGUUACGGCCACUUCUGCAGCACAGGCGAUAGCAGCAGGAAACAUUCGAGCGCACGUCCCGGGUCAGAAUAUUGGCACGAUAAAGGUGGCCACUGGUGGUGCGACAUCGGCCCAGCAGCAGCAGGUCAUCCUGAAUGCAAUACAAAGUCAACAGGCUCAGCGCUCGAACGCUAGCCCCGUCCGUCUGCAAACCACGUCCAGUGGCUCGUUGGUAGCCGUAACGGUGCAACAACCACCGCAACAGCCGCAGAUAAUCGGUGCCAGCUUACCCUCAUCAAAUACACCCAAUAGUAGUGCGAACAGUGCCACCAGCAGUGGCGGCAACAAUGUAGUGGCCACUACUGCGGUGGAGAUUGUGUCUUCUCAGGGAAGUCAGUCCCAGGGUGGCGUGCUUGCAGGUGGGCAACACGUUGUCUCUAGCGCACCGCAAGUCCUGGCACUGCAGCAGCAGACGGCGCAAAUCAUCACUACCACAUCCGCCAUGGUGCAGGCAGGAAGCGGCGCCAGUGGAGUAUUGGCGACGACAGAUAGUGGCAACAUGGUAGCCGGAAGUGGCCCAGCCGCUUCGACGGUUGUCAGCCAGGCAGUCCAGUCGUCCGUGUCGGGAUCUGCCUCAUCAGCCUCUGCAAGUGCGGCGGUUGCUGUUGCUGGCGGUGCUGGUGGUAGUACAGCAUUGUCAACGAUGGCUUCACAGCAACCUCAAGCGACGCAACCUACGCCACAGCAGCAGUCGCAGGUAAGUAUGAUCAAGAAGAAACAAUCACCGAACGUUGCAAAGUAAGAUAAUGAUAAGUUUUAAGGAUAGAGAGCGUAAGAUAGGUUUAGAUAGAGUGAUUGCGCGCGACCAUGUAUUGUAUGUGUGCGAUGAACAGCAGAAACACUGAAGCAUACCCGUUCCGGAGAGCCGUGUCCUGUCGUGUGUGGAUGAACGACGUUCGCUUUACUAUAAAGGAAUUAAGAUUAAAAAUGUGGUGUCUUGGCACAUGGUGGAUGGGAGUGUUGGAAAUGUAUUUCGCGUAGUUUUUUAACGAGAUUCCCAUGAUGAUGGUGUUAAUUAACACGAUGAUAUGGAAUUUUCUUCAUUUUGCAUUAACCGGACAAUCCUCCUACGUGUAUCAUUCAAAUACAUCUUUCAGGGAUCAAAUUCCCCCGUUGAUAAGAGUAGUCGGUAACGUUCGUUUAUAUCACGCAGCUGGGCUGGGUUCGAUUCCCGGGUUAGAUUCAUCGUAUCCAGCAUGAAUUAGGAAUCUAAUAAUAGAGGCUGUUACAUAGAAAUCUGGACAGUAAAUGGCAGAAGAGUGUCAAUACUAUUUUACUUUUUUGAUUUUCCGGCUCCACAACACUUGUAUGUAUAAUGUUUUACUUAAAUUUGAGUAAGAAACAGCUAUUUAUCUUUUUGUUUAGCUUUGUGUUUCUCUCAAGCUAUUGUAUAAAUAGAAAAGCGAAGUAAAUAUUAUCGAAUCUUUUCGGAUAGUUAACGAGUAAGACAGAGUAAGACAGAGAAUUCGCUCCAGGAAGGAUCUCAAUUAGUGCGAAGAGAGAGAUGGCAAGAAUUAGUCAAUGGCCAACAGCAAAAGGCAAAAAGUAAAUGUCAUAAGAUAAUUCUGGAUAUUAAAAAAGAAAUAUUUCCAGAGAACACACCCUAAUGAGAGACCUCUAGUAGUACAGACACGCGUGUUGAAACAGCCAGAGGUCGGAAAUAUCUUUGACGCCAUGUUCGCUUUUUCAAUUCAACAUCACGGUUUCGUUUUGUUUCUUUAUUUUUUUGACUAGGCGAGGUGAGUAACACAAAAGUAUGGAACUGUGUGAUACAUACGGCCUUCGAGAGGGCCUGCUCAUCUUACCUUGACUCACCUUGAUUCUCCAUUCUUCUAUUUCUGGGACAAUUUCUUUCAGGACAUGUAUGUGUAGUAUUAUUAGGAUCAUGAACGAGGAACAUAAACUCACACGGCAGAGGCACAUUAUUCGUGGACAGUGG